CAGGGUCUUUCUGUGUUGCCCAGACUGGUGCAAACUCCUGGGCUUAAUGAUCCUCCCAGCUUGGCCUCCCAAAGCGAUUACAGGCAUGAACUACCACACCUAGAAAUGCCGUGUAGAAUGGUAGUCUAACUUUACUAUCUAGAAUUACUAAAUAGAAGUUAUUUACCAAUACGCGGAUAAUAUGUUCUCUUUAUAUGUCUUAUUUAUUUUCUCAGGGAAUUUCAUAAACUUUCUAUUUUUUACAACUACAAUUAAUUGUAAAAACAAUUAUUAGUUAUUAAAAAAAAUAUGGCCUGGCACAGUGGCCCAAGCCUGUAAUCCCAGCACUCUGGAAGGCCGAGGCAGGUGGACUACCUGAGGUUAGGAGUUCGAGACCAGCCUGGCCAACAUGGUGAAACCGUCUCUACUAAAAAUACCAAAAUUACCCAGGCAUGGUGGCGCGCCUGUAAUCUCAGCUACUCGGGAGGCUGAGGCAGAAGAAUUGCUUAACCCUGGGAGAUGGAGGUUGCAGUGAACUGAGAUUGCACCAUUGCACUCCAGCCUGGGUGACAAGAGAGAGACUCUGUCUCAAAAAAAAAAAAAAAGUGAAUAAAGUAUGGUCUUACAAAUGGAUACUGAAGAACAAGAAUGUCCAUAGUGGCUGUGCACCGUGGCUCAUGCAUGUCAUCCCAGCACUUUGGGAGGCUGAGGUAGCUGGAUUGCUUGAGCUCUGGCAUUCGAGAUCAGCCUGGGCAACAUGACAAAACCCCGUCUCUACAAAAAAUACAAAAGUUAGCUGGGCAUGGUGGUGCACACCUGUAUUCCCAGCUAGUUAGAAGUCUGAGGUGGAAGGAUCGCUUGAGCCUAGGAAGUUGAGGCUGCAGUGAGCUGAGAUUGCACCACUGCAACCUGGGUGACAGGGCGAGACCUUGUCUCAAAGGAAAAAAAAAACAAAGAAAGAAAAUAUCCAUACUUUUUGUUCAGACAACUGCAACUAGUUACUUACCCACCUAUUAAUUACUUGUAAUUAUAUUUAUAGUAGAUUAAAUUGUCACUGGCAAUCUCAUAGGCAGUAAGAUAGUUUUAAUAAGUAUAUAAUUAAAUGGGAGCUCUUAAAGACUCCUGGUAACAUUUUAAUUGGUUUAAUCUUCUGCCUUGCAACUGGCAACUGGUAUUCAGUAAAAGCCAUAAAAACAUAAUAUUGUUGGACCUAGGAAUAGCCCCAAAGAGGUUAUGAAGAUGUUAAUUGAAUUAUUUUUGUUUUUCAUUUUUUGGGUAGCAGCUUUAUUAUAAUUCAAACACCAUAGAAGUAAUACAUUUAAAGUGUACAAUUCAAUGGUUUUUAGUACAGGUUGCAUAUCCCUGAUACAAAAAUCUGAAAUGCUCCAAAAUCCAAAGCUUUUUGAGUGCCAACAUGACACUCAGAGGAAAUGCUCAUUUUGGAUUUUCAGACUAGGUUGCUCAACCAGUAAGUAUAUAAUUUAAUGCAAACAUUUCCAAAACUGAAAAAAAAGUUUAAAAUUCAAAAUACUUCUGGUCUCAAAUAUUUUGGAUAAUACUCAACCUGAAUAUUCACAGUUGCGCAACCAUCAACACAAUCAAUCUCAGAACAUUUUUCUCACCUCAAAAAGAAACCUUCAAAAAAUCAGUUGGGCAUGGAGGCAUGCGCCUGUGGUUCCAGCUACACAGGAGGCUGAGACAGGAGGAUUGCUUGAUCCUGGAGGUCAAGGCUACAGUGAGUCAUGUUCACACCAUUGCACUCCAGCCUGCAGCCUGGGUGACAGAGCAAGGCCCUCUUUCCAAAAAAAAAAAAAGAAAAGAAAAAAAGACAGAAACCCCCAUAUCAUUUAACUAUCAUCCCCUAAUCCCAUGCCUGCCCCUAGCCCUAAGCAACCACUUCCUUACUUUCUGUCUCUAUAUAUUUGCCUAUUCUGGACAUUCACGUAAGUGGAAUCAUAUAAUAUGUGGUCUUUUGUGACUGGCUUCUUUCAUUUAGCAUACUGCUUUCAAAGGUUAUGCAUGUUAUAGCAUGUAUUAGUAUUUUCUUUUUAUGGCCCAAUAAGAUUCCAUUGUCGGUGUGAUGGCUCAUGCCUGUAAUCCCAUCACUUUCAGGCUGAGGAGGGAGAAUUGCUAGAGGCCAGGAGUUUGAGACCAGCCUGGACAACAUAGGAAGUCUCAUGGCACCCCCAUCUGCGCCACGGAGCCAGACCCCAUCUCUUAAAAAUAAAAAUUCGAUUGUAUAUAGAUGUAUCACAUUUGAUUCAUACAUGCGCCAGCUGAUGAACAUUUAGGUUGUUUCAUCUUUGGCUAUUAUGAAUAAUGCUAACGUUUGUAAAAAAGUUUUUGCAUGGACAAAUAUUUUCCUUUCUCUUGGGUAUAUAUUUAGGAGUGGAAUUUGCAUUAUUCUUAUUGGAGUGAAAAUCAGAAGCAAUUUCAUGGUCUAACAAUGGAAUUAUGUUACACUCUCAAUAGUAUUAUGCAGAAAUGCUACACUCUCAAGAGUAACAUGCAGAAAAAUGGUGGCUUUUUUGAAUGAAGACCAUAUAAUAAUAGGCUACAUGAAGUGAAAAAAAGAAAAAAAAAAGGAUACAACCCACUUGAAAUCCUCCUAGGGCUUCCCAUUCCUUCUUCUGUUCUAUGGCAUCUGUCCUCUGCUUCCACAUCCUGCCUCAGUUGUCUGAGGGCCAGCCACACUAGCUUUCAGAGAUUUUUAGAACGUCUCAGCUUCGGAGCCUUUUCACAUAACUUCCUCUGCUUGUAUCAUUCUUUGCCCGGUGGUUUCAAGUCUCAUCUUAAAUGUCACUUCUUCAGAAAAACCUUCUCUGAUAUCCCAAACCAGGCGAAAGGCAAGCGUUUCCACAGCAGCCGGCGAUUUUCCAUCUUAAUGGUUUUGAUACCAGAAUUGUUUACUUGGUCAAAUAUUGAGAGCCUUUUAUACACAGGGAUAGAGGGUGAAACAUGCAAGAUCCCUGCCUCCUGCGACCUUAUAUUCUAGGGAGGGGAUACACGCACAAGUAAACAAGUAAAUGUACUUGGUAAUUUUACAUAGUGAUAAUUAGCUCAAUGGUUAUCCUCUGUUUGGACUGUAAACUCCAUGAAGGCAGGAGCUAUGUCUGUCUUGGCUACUUCCAGUUUGCUGAGUCUGGCCACUAAAUAAACUCAACACAUAUUUUUUCACUGACAGUUAAAAUAACUAUAUAAAAAACAAAUGGAAAAAACAAACGAGACUUCUAUAAAUGGUUGAGAUCUAGCUCUUCCUCUUUCAAAACUCUGUAAUACUACAUAUUUUUAAAUAAUUAAAACAAUCAAAAUAGCAAAAAGUUACCGUUUGUACUAACAGAACCCCAAAUAAAACCCAUUUAUGUCACCACACAUUCGUUAAGCACCUGGUAAUAAAACCUAUUCGGAAAUACUCAGACGUGUUGGUUGAGUGGAUAAAAUCCCCUUAGCACAUUGCCAAGCAGGUUCCUCGCCGUCAGCAGUAUAAUUUACAGUGUUUCACUGAGGCCUUAAGCACCCAUGAUUUGAUUCUCCCUAAUUUUCCAAUUCCUAAAACCCUUUAGAAUCUCCCUCCACCCACACGAUGUGGCAGUGAGAAAAACCGCAAUUCUAUUUACAUGUCAAUGGUAAGAAGAGAACACGUAAUACUUUGCUAGGUCAACAAAUCUGCAAGAUCUCCACCCAAGAGAUCAGUAGCCCCUUCCCAGUGAAUCCUUCUAAGAGCCUGGGGACGAGUAGGGCUAGAUAAAACCAAGCUGCCCUAAAGCUGGACCACAGAAGCGGAUCGUGAAUCCCCUCCCCCAAGCGCAGCGCUCGGCCGCUUCUUUCUUCCCCAGGCGCAUGCGCAGCGCACUCUCCGGCCACCGCACGCCCCCUCAGUGGGGGCCCGGAGACGCUGACGUCACCGUGCGGUCUGCAAGCAACCCUUCCGCUCCUUCAAGGAAAAUGAGUCCACGGACCUUCGGCUUUUCUUAGCCACGAGAAAACGUCCUCCCUCCUUCCAUCCUAGUGCCAACGACUUCCCCAGCCCGUCUCCUUUCGGCCGCACUUCUCUGUACUUUCGUUGGACCGGGAAGGCGGCGGGGAGGAACACGAAGGGUGAAACACCAAGUCCGCGUAGUUUAGGAGUGGGCGAGUCUAGGAAUCGGUCCGCGAGGGCGGAGCCGAGGAAGCCGGCACUUCUUCCUCCCUUCCCUUUCUUUCCCCUCCCUCCCCAGCCUUCCCCGCGAGCGGACGCGGUAGCGCCUCUGUCUCGCUUUUUCUUAUUUUUCCCCCCUUUCCCCUUUCUUUUUUUUUUUUUCUUUUCUUUUCUCCCCUCCCCCCCUUUCACCAUUUCUCCUCGGAGGCGCUUUCCCCGGGCAGGGGCAGAGCCGGUCUCACCCCCCGCCUCUCCCCGGCCCCCGUCGCCCUAUGGCGAGAGGGAGCCCCCUCCCCACCCGGGCUCGAGCGGCGGCGGCCUCAGGCCGGGGGUCAUCAUGGAACUAAUUCGCUGACCGACCCAGCGGCCGCAGCCGUGCGUCCCGCUCGAGCGCCAGCGCCCGCGCCCCCCGAUCCGCUUCCCCUUCCUCCCUCCUCAGUUGGCCCAGUCGUCCCGCGCGCACAGCCUCCGCGCGCCUAUGAGAAUGAGGUGGUAACGGGCCCCCGGAUGACCCCGCGUCACCACUGUGAGGCCUACAGCUCUGCCGGGGAGGAGGAGGAGGAGGAGGAAGAGGAGGAGAAGGUAGCUACAUCAAGCUGGGUAGCAGGCAGAUCCAAAGGAUAUCAUGAAGUUUCCAGGGCCUUUGGAAAACCAGAGAUUGUCUUUCCUGUUGGAAAAGGCAAUCACUAGGGAAGCACAGAUGUGGAAAGUGAAUGUGCGGAAAAUGCCUUCAAAUCAGAAUGUUUCUCCAUCCCAGAGAGAUGAAGUAAUUCAAUGGCUGGCCAAACUCAAGUACCAAUUCAACCUUUACCCAGAAACAUUUGCUCUGGCUAGCAGUCUUUUGGACAGGUUUUUAGCUACCGUAAAGGCUCAUCCAAAAUACUUGAGUUGUAUUGCAAUCAGCUGUUUUUUCCUAGCUGCCAAGACUGUUGAGGAAGAUGAGAGAAUUCCAGUACUAAAGGUAUUGGCAAGAGACAGUUUCUGUGGAUGUUCCUCAUCUGAAAUUUUGAGAAUGGAGAGAAUUAUUCUGGAUAAGUUGAAUUGGGAUCUUCACACAGCCACACCAUUGGAUUUUCUUCAUAUUUUCCAUGCCAUUGCAGUGUCAACUAGGCCUCAGUUACUUUUCAGUUUGCCCAAAUUGAGCCCAUCUCAACAUUUGGCAGUCCUUACCAAGCAACUACUUCACUGUAUGGCCUGCAACCAACUUCUGCAAUUCAGAGGAUCCAUGCUUGCUCUGGCCAUGGUUAGUCUGGAAAUGGAGAAACUCAUUCCUGAUUGGCUUUCUCUUACAAUUGAACUGCUUCAGAAAGCACAGAUGGAUAGCUCCCAGUUGAUCCAUUGUCGGGAGCUUGUGGCACAUCACCUUUCUACUCUGCAGUCUUCCCUGCCUCUAAAUUCCGUUUAUGUCUACCGUCCCCUCAAGCACACCCUGGUGACCUGUGACAAAGGAGUGUUCAGAUUACAUCCCUCCUCUGUCCCAGGCCCAGACUUCUCCAAGGACAACAGCAAGCCAGAAGUGCCAGUCAGAGGUACAGCAGCCUUUUACCAUCAUCUCCCAGCUGCCAGUGGGUGCAAGCAGACCUCUACUAAACGCAAAGUAGAGGAAAUGGAAGUGGAUGACUUCUAUGAUGGAAUCAAACGGCUCUAUAAUGAAGAUAAUGUCUCAGAAAAUGUGGGUUCUGUGUGUGGCACUGAUUUAUCAAGACAAGAGGGACAUGCUUCCCCUUGUCCACCUUUGCAGCCUGUUUCUGUCAUGUAGGUUCAACAAGUGCUACCUUUGAGUGUAAACUAAGGUAGACUAGUUUGGGAAUGAGAACAUGCAAAAUCAGGAAAGGCUGUAGAAGGAAAUAUACCUUAACAGGCUGAUUUGGAGUGAGCCAGAAAAAAAAAAUAAAACUCUCAUUAUUUGUGUGGCUAAUUAUAAUUCAGCGUUAUUUAAGCACAUAAAGACCAAAAAAAAAAAAAAAAAAUCCAAAAGAUCCAAACUUUUUUAAACUUAAAAAAUCUCUUUGUAGUAUGUCAGUUGCACUUUUUUUCUGCCAUAAUGUAACGUAGCUUGCCCCGUCAAAAAAUUCAGUUAAAAUUCAUGGCCAGCAAUCCUGUUCCCCCUCAGCAUCCUGAUUUAAUUUUCCUGUUGCUUUUGCUUGCUUCUCCAUUUAAUAGUUACUGAACUUUAUGCAUGUUGAUCUAUAUUGAUUUUCACUGCAGUUGAAUGAACAAAUUAUUUCAGUGUGACAGCCAUGACUCAAGUUCCAAUUAGUCUGAAAAGGGUACUUUGGAAUUGUCCCAUGUUAAUCAGAGAUGGCAAUAGAAAAAGUUCUCAUAUUACCAGGUUGAUUUUGUGUCUCAUUUCAAAUUUUAAUUUAAAAUUAUGGUUUUCAUUUUUGUUUACCUUAAAGUGAUGCUUAAAAGUGGCAUGUAAUUAGGACACUUAGAUUUGUUGAAAGCAUUUUCGACAUUUGUAUAAAAGAAUUUGUGAUAAAUAUAUCCAGGUGCUCACCAAAGAAACAUGUAUUAACAAAUUAGAUUUUUCUAACUGAUAGUUUUCACUCAUUUAUAAUCAGUAGGAGAGACUGUCUAGAUGUUGGGGCAGCUCUAUGAUUUAAGUCUGUAACAUGUUAUAACUGAAUUUAGUACCCUAGUUUUGUUAAGCUAUUAGGAUUUUCUAAUAGAACUUACUCCCCCUGCCUCCCCAGCCUUAUGUUUCUUUUAAUGACUUCUGGAUCCUGAGCUCCCUUUGCAGUCUGAAAAAGGUAUUGCAGUCAGAACUGUGUACUGAUGAUAAAAGCCUCUGGUAGCAAUAAAAAGUUGUCCUUAA